AAGGCCAGGGCGGCAGCGGGGCCGCCCUCCGCAGGGACCGGCCGUCGGGGCUGCAGCCAUCCAUCCAUCCACCCACGCGUGCCGGAGUCUGCGGGGGCUGUGGAGAUUCUAAUUAAUGUGACUCUCUCAUAACAAGAAGAACAAUGAAGGACUGUUUGGCAAAUUCCACAGAACAGGACCUCUCUGAUCCUGAAUCUGGAAGCAAGGGGUGUGAUGGUACUUCUUUACCGCAUGAAGAACAUGUAGAACAAAUUGACCAGUCAAAGCCCAAAAAGAAAACGAAGGAAGAUGAGAAGCCAGAGAAACGAAUUGUUGGCAUUCUUGAAUUGUUUUGCUAUGCUGAUGGGGUGGAUGUCCUGUUGAUGAUAGUUGGUUUGGUCGCAGCGGCUGCAAAUGGUACUGGAAUGCCACUUAUGAUCAUUGUCUUUGGAGAGAUGACAAACAGCUUUGUGCUAAGUGGCAUGCAAUCCAAUGAUACUUCAGUAAACACUUCCAGCUGCCCAUCAAAUCCAGACGUGGAUAUAGAAGGUGAAAUGACAAAGUUUGCUUACUACUUUGUGGCAAUUGGCUUUGCUGUGUUUAUCCUGAGCAUGAUCCAAGUGUGGACAUUUUUGGUUGCUGCUGCAAGACAAACCGCAAGGAUCCGGAAGAUGUUCUUUUUUGCAGUGCUCCAUCAGGAGAUGGCUUGGUUUGAUACUACCCAGAUAGGAACACUGAACACCAGACUGACAGAUGACAUCAACACCAUCCGUGAAGGCAUGGGAGACAAGAUCAGUAUAUUUCUGCAGUUUUUUUCCACGUUUGUGUCAGGGCUUAUUAUAGGAUUCAUCUAUGGCUGGAAGCUGGCACUGGUGGUUACGUCAGUCAGCCCACUUCUUGCUGCAUCAACAGCAAUUUGGUCAACUCUCCUGGCAUCCCUUACUGCUAAAGAGCUGUCUGCUUAUGCCAAAGCAGGAGCUGUGGCAGAAGAAAUUUUGACAGCAAUCAGGACUGUUGUGGCUUUCAAUGGACAGCAGAAGGCAUUAGAAAAAUACGAUGCAAACUUAGAGACGGCUAAACGUGUUGGAAUGAAAAAAUCCAUUACCACUAACACAUGUCUGGGUCUUUCACAAUUUUUUAUCUUUGGAUCCUAUGCCCUUGCAUUUUGGUAUGGAACCAAACUCACUGCUGAGGAUCCACACUAUGACAUCAGCCGUGUGUUAAUUGUGUUCUUCUCUGUGCUUAUCGCAGCUUUCUCCCUGGGCCAGGCAGCUCCUAACCUGGAGACUGUGGCCAGUGCACGUGGGGCUGCCUAUGAAGUAUAUAAGAUUAUCAAUAAGAAACGGCUCAUAGAUAGCAGUUCUAAGGAAGGCUACAAGCCAGACAAACUCGUAGGAGAAAUUGAAUUCCGAAACAUCCAUUUCAGUUACCCUUCCAGACCGGAUGUUAAAAUCCUCAAAGGUCUAAAUUUGAAAGUUCAAACUGGGAAGACCAUUGCUUUAGUUGGUGCCAGUGGCUGUGGAAAAAGCACUACUGUUCAGUUGCUGCAAAGAUUCUAUGAUCCUGACCAGGGAGAAAUUACCUUAGAUGGUCGGGAUAUUCGGACCCUUAAUACAAAGUGGCUACGAGAAAAUAUUGGCAUUGUGAGCCAAGAGCCUGUUUUGUUUGCAGCCACAAUAGCUGAGAACAUUCGCUAUGGCAGAGAAGACAUUUCUGAUUCUGAAAUUGAGCAAGCAGCCAAGGAAGCCAAUGCUUUUGACUUUAUAUCUAGACUGCCGGAUAAAUUUAACACCAUGGUGGGUGAAAGAGGGGCUCAGCUGAGUGGAGGACAGAAGCAACGAAUAGCUAUUGCCCGUGCCCUAGCAAGAAAUCCCAAGAUUCUUCUUCUGGAUGAAGCUACAUCUGCAUUAGAUACUCAGAGUGAAUCUAUAGUGCAAGCAGCUCUUGAUAAGGCUCGGGCUGGACGUACCACCAUAGUGAUUGCUCACAGACUGUCUACCAUCAGGACUGCUGACACUAUUGCUGGAUUUGAGAAAGGAAUCGUGGUUGAACAAGGGACACACAGUGAACUGAUGCUGCAGAAAGGAGUCUACUAUUCCCUUGUAAUGCAGCAGGGUUGUAGCAGUGAUAUUCAAGAUGAUGGCACCUCAGAAGAUAGUGAAGGCACAGGAGCUGAGGAAUAUGAGGAAAACAUAAAUCCUGUGGAAGAACUGAUUCUUCAAGAUGAUUUUGAAACAUCUGUGAUACCAGGGAGAGGCAGCAUUCAAAGAAGAUCCAGCAGAUAUAAGAGGAAGGGGAAUUCAUCUAAAAAUCCCUUUGGGAAAAAGAAGGAAAAAGAGGAGGUGGAGGAAGAAAAUCUCCCUGCUGUGCCUUACUUAAAAAUCCUGGCUCUGAACAAAUCUGAGUGGUUCUAUGUACUGCUGGGAAUGAUUGCUGCUGCUGUCAUAGGUGCAGUCAAUCCAACAUUUGCUGUUAUAUUUGGAAAAAUCAUUGGGGCUUUUCAAGAAAGAGAUCCAGAAAAAAGGAGUAAAAACACUGUGGUGCUUUCUUUAAUCUUUCUUUUACUUGGCGUGAUUAUCUUCGCAGCAUACAUAAUCCAAGGAUUCAUGUUUGGGAAGUCUGGGGAAGCCCUUACCAUGAGACUGCGCUCUUUGUCCUUCAGAGCAUUACUUCAGCAGGAGAUUGGAUGGUAUGAUGACCAGAAAAAUGCUGUUGGUGUUCUGCUAACUCGUCUUGCUACAGAUGCUUCCCAAGUUAAAGGCGCAACUGGAAGCCGACUUGCACUGAUGACUAUGACUGCUGUUUCCCUUGCCACUGCCAUCAUUAUUGCAUUUGUAUAUAGCUGGCAGCUAACUUUGCUUGUCCUGGCCUGCGUUCCUUUUGUUGUUGGUGCAAAUGCUGUGAAUGCCAGCUCUAUGUCUGGUCAUGCUGCAGAAGAUCAAAAAGCUUUGGAAGAGGCUGGAAGAAUUUCAACAGAAUCAGUUGAAAACAUAAGAACUGUAGCUUCACUGACCAAGGAAGAAGCAUUUUAUGAAAGAUAUGUUGCUAGUUUGAAUCAUACAUAUAGAAAAUCUCUGAAAAAAGCCCCUUUGUAUGGAUUUACCUAUGGAAUAGCUCAGUGUUCAGAAUACUUGAUUCAUGCAGCAGCCUUCAGAUUUGGAGCAUGGCUCAUUGCUAAUUGUCUGACCAACUUUGAAAAUGUAUUUAUAGUCUUCUCUGCUGUCGUGUUUGCAGCUAUGAAUGUUGGUCAGUCUUCUUCCAUGGCACCAGACUAUGGCAAAGCUCGAAUAUCAGCUCAAAGAAUCUUUCAACUUUUGGGCAGAAAACCUGUAAUCGACAGUUACAGUGAACAAGGUGAAAAAUUGAGCCAUUUUGAAGGCAACAUUGAAUUCAGAAACAUCCAUUUUGUAUAUCCAACAAGGCCAGAAGUUCAGGUUUUGCAAGGACUCAGUGUGAAGGUUAACAAAGGACAGACUCUGGCAUUAGUAGGAAGCAGUGGCUGUGGCAAAAGCACAUCCAUUCAGCUCUUGGAGAGAUUUUAUGACCCUGUGGAAGGACAAGUGCUAGCAGAUGGAUUUGAUACCAAAUCUCUGCAUUUACAAUGGCUGAGAUCCAGGCUGGGCCUGGUGUCACAGGAGCCCAUUUUGUUUGACUGCAGCAUUGCUGAAAACAUCCAGUAUGGAGACAACAGUAGAGUGGUUAGUCAGGAGGAAAUUGAAGCAGCAGCUAAAGCAGCUAAUAUUCAUGCCUUCAUUGAAAAACUGCCAGAGAAAUAUAAUACCCGGGUGGGUGAGAAAGGAACACAACUUUCUGGAGGUCAAAAACAAAGAAUAGCAAUUGCCCGUGCUCUGGUUCGUAAUCCUGCUGUUCUGCUUCUGGAUGAAGCUACCUCUGCUCUUGACACAGAAAGUGAAAAGAUUGUCCAGAAAGCUCUGGAUAACGCGCGGCAAGGUCGGACCUGCAUCGUCAUUGCUCAUCGCCUGUCCACCGUGCAGACAGCCGACAUCAUCGUGGUGAUCCAGAAUGGCAGGGUGGUCGAGCAGGGCACCCACAGCCAGCUGCUGGCAAAGGAGGGACACUACUAUGCCCUUGUAAAUGCACAAGUCUCUAAUUAGUACCACUUGCUGAGCUGGUUUGUUUUUUUUGUUUUGGUUUUUUGUUUGUUUGUUUUGGUUUGUUUUCUGUUUUUUUCUGGGAAGACGUGAAAAGCUCUACAGAGGAUUCCAGCUGGCUGUGCUGACCAAGCAGGAACUGUGUUGCAGCCUGGUUGCUGUAUCCAGCACAGCCCUUGGCCCACACACCCAUGUGGAUGAGCACGGUGCUGGGUCACAGAAGGUGCACAGAAGAGUCCUAGGGACUGCAUGUGUCAUCUUUGGUGUGUGUCACAUGCUCUGGAGGGUGUCAGACCUGGUGUAGUCUCACCCACAGCUCAGGUGGGUACCCUGCUCUCCCUGUCCUCCCAAACCCUGGCCCAGAGCAGCUGCCAUAGACCAAGGUGGUAACACAGGGUAUGACAGCAGUGGUGUCAACAACAAGCUGGUGCUUGUAAUUGCUCUUUGCGUUUCUUCAUCAGCCAGAUGAAGUCUUAAAGCCUUCCUUAGUUCAAGUUGAUUAUCAAUUCUUACUAAAAACUGAGGUUCCAUAAGAAAAGAUUUUGUUAAAGAUAAGGAUGUUGAUACAUCGGUUUCAUUUUUUUCAUUACUUUAUGCCACAUUUCUCAUAUUACUGUGCUUCACACAUUUCUUGGAUAACCAGUACUCUAUUUCAGACAAUAAUUAUAAUAGUUACAACCUCUCCAUAUCAAGAUAAACUGCAUAAAAGAUACCAUUGUUUUGUUAAUAUUUUCCAAAUGUUUAUCUAACAGAAUUUAUUUGUUCUUUGUAUCCAUCAAGAUAAUUUCAGAAGUCUUGGGGGAUGGCAUCUAUUGGAGUGGACUCCUGUCAACCAUAUAAACAGCUUUUCCUUUAAAUAAAGAAAAAGGGAAAAAUUGUUCUCAAUAUAA